CAUAUUUGCAUUUCCGCGUUUCUUAAAACGUUGAAGGUUAUUCGGGUCAAGGUCAUAAACUAAAUCUGGUUUUUGGUAAAUUGACUAGUGAUGCUAUUCCGGGGUUUGACCUCAACAAUCUUGGCUAACAAAACAGGAUUUGUGUCUCUCACUAAACAUGCUAAGCAGUUUCAUCUCGGUACUUCAUCAAAUGCUGAGGAAAAGAAGACCGUUACUCUCCUACCUGGUGAUGGGGUGUGGCCAGAACUCUUCGUUUGUGUAAAGUCAGUCUUCAAAGAAUUCAAUGUACCUGUUCAGUUUGAGGAGGUGAAAUUUGGAUUUAACAAUAAUUUAGAUCCAAAUGGUGGUCUCUAUAAUGCUGUCAACUCUGUUACUAAAAACAAGGUCGGUUUAAAAGGAAUUGUCCGUACACCUGUCGAAACUCAGGGAUCUAGUGCACUUAACCUAAGAAUGAGACGAGCUUUGGAUCUGUUUGCCAACGUUGUUCACAUUCGUACGUUGAAAGGGAUCCCAAGCUUUCAUCAAAAUCUUGAUUUAGUCAUCAUACGUGAACAGAUAGAAGGUGAGUAUUCGUCACUGGAACAUGAAUCUGUUAAGGGCGUAAUUGAGUCCUUAAAAAUUAUAACACGAAGUAACUCUGAACGAAUUGCAAAAUUUGCAUUUGAUUAUGCUGUCCGCAAUAAGCGUAGGAAAGUUACUGCUGUUCAUAAAGCUAACAUUAUGAAAUUAAGUGAUGGUUUAUUUCUCGAAACUUGCCAAAAUAUGGCCAAACUUUAUCCACAUAUUCAGUUUAAUUCAAUGAUUAUAGAUAAUUGUUGUAUGCAACUGGUCAGUAAUCCUGAACAAUUUGAUGUGAUGGUUAUGCCAAACCUAUAUGGUAACAUUGUUGAUAAUCUUGCUGCUGGUUUGGUUGGUGGUGCUGGGGUUGUACCGGGUGUAUCAUAUAGUCAUGAAUUUGCUGUUUUUGAACCGGGCACUAGACAUUCAUUCAAUGUGGCAUCAGGCAAAAAUAUGGCUAAUCCAACAGCGAUUCUAUUAGCCAGCUCAAAUUUAUUACGUCAUAUCAAUUUAGAAAGUUAUGCCAAUAAAAUUGAAACAGCUUUACUUAAAAUUAUUAAAUCUAAGAAAGCAUUAACUUCUGAUAUCGGUGGUUGUUCAUCUACAACUCAGUUUACAGAAGCAAUAAUAGAACAAGCUCAUAUUUCUUAAUUAUAUCAUACAAAGACUACUCUAACUUUUAACUUAAACAGUUAUCUAUUAGAUAUAUGCUUUUUGUAUAGUAGUCAUAAGUUUGAAUCUAAUUCUAACUUAUGACUAGUAUUCUAGUUCCUUUGUAUUGUGUAUCAAACAGUCAGUAGAUUAUUACUAUUAUUAAUGAUAGUAAAAUAAGUCACUGAUCCAUGUUAAAAUGUUAUGCUUGUAAAUAACUACGCAUUUACGAAUUCUUUUUAUUUUCAAGACAGUGUCGUUAUUCUAUUGAACUGAAAUUAAUCUAACUUUCUAAAUUCAAGUUGGAUCAUUCUCAUUCAUAGUUGAUCCGAAAUCAAUAGCCUUUCAUUCCCCAUUAUUUUAAAGCUUGUUUCAUAUAUAUAUCCUUUUACAAAUGGAUAUACUUGCAAUAGUUUGAGAAA